AUCCUUUUUGCUUCCCAUUCUUGUCUUUUUCUUUACACAAAAGAUCAUGGAAGAUCAACUGGGUUCCAUAUGCGAUCUUCAUGAGCUUUUGCAGGGCUAUGAGCAAUUGAGGCAAAAGCUCUUUGACACAAUGCUCGAACUCGAAACCAUGAGGAACGUGAAAGCAGAACUCUCCAAACUGCUGCAAAUAGCUUACCAAGAGAGGGAUCAAGCAAGAGAACAACUUCAUAGCCUCGCGAAAAAGCUCGUUCCCGCCAACUCAAACGCGCUUUUAGAGAAUCUUCCGGAGUUUCCACCCGCGAUCAAAGCGAACUCAAGCUUCACAAAAUCAAACAGCCCCUCAAACAUCUCAUCAUCCCCUGUGACUCCUCUGUUGCAGCCAGUUUCUCCUUCUCCCGAGUUUUCAAACGUGAAUGUGAAUGUUGUUGACAAUCACUACAACUUUGGUUUCCAGAAGCCUGCAACAAUUGAUUUUGAAAGUUCUGUGAUUGAUUACCUUGCAAAGGGAAAGGUGUUGCCUCAGAAGGGAAAGCUAGUUGAGGCUGUGAGAGAUGCUGGUUCUCUGCUUGAGACUCUGCUUGUGGCUGGGCCACUUCCAAAGUGGCGAAAUCCACCUCCAUUGACUUCCCUCAAGAUUCCUCCUCUUAAUAUCAAGGAAUAUGAUUCUCUUACUCCUGCGAGCAAGCUCAACUCCUUUGGAAAUUGGUGGGAUUCGGCUCAGAAACCAACGUUUCUUCCAUCCUCUCAUUCUUCAGAACCUCUACCAAUGCUUAACUUUGCAGGCAGCUCCUUUGGCUCCUGGAACAAACAAUUGCAGAUGACAUCAAAAGCUAGUGUUGCAAGGAAUCAGCAUAGACUUCAAUAUUGAUGAAAAAUAACCUUACUUAUCCUUGCCUUUUUACAUUUUCUUUCUAGAAAAUUUGAUGUAAAUGGAGUUAGAAUGAUUGGUGUAGAUGGCUCCAUACCCUGGUUUUGAUCAACGGGUAGAGGUGAACUUUUCGAUUUUAGCGGCGAAGUAGUUCUUUUUCUAUAUUUAUGGAAGUGCAUGUUUACAAUUUUCAUAAUCCAUUCUAAGGUUGAGCUCACAUUUUCGAUUUUAGUUGCAAAGUAUUUAUUUGUCUCUGAAUGCAUGAUUACAAAUUCUAAAUUCAAUUCUGUGGAG